CGAUAGGCAGUAGAGAGGCACAGCGAAUGAUCUCAUCCUUCCAGCAGCAGCUGCAUAGCGCAGCGAGGCAAAGUCAUAACUUUUUUCUCCCCGAGCAAACUUCCAAGUUGCGUCUCGGCUAGGAUAAAAAAAGAUAAUCAUUUUUUUUUAAAAAAAAAAAAAGCCGAGUCGACGCGCCAACGUUUGAAGGUUAAAAAGAAGACAGCGAGAGGAAGUGGAUGAAGGAGGUCGCAUGUUGCAGUUUCAUGUCAAGGACUUGUAGGAGCCGAAUCGAACAAAGGGAAAGGCUUCGAAUUGUGUCUUCAGAAAAAGGAGCGAGAAAAGCACCCCGGAAAGCACAGAAGGUCAAUGUUUGGAGUUAAAAACAUGCUAAUGGGGGGCUUUGUCGCAGCGGCAACUGCUGUGCAAGCUUGAGUGAGGAACAGUCGAGUUUGCCCCUCCCCUCCUUUUUUUUUUUUUCUUUUCUCCUGCUGACAAUCAACCUGCUCAUGAAGUCAGGGAGCAGCAAUCCAUUCCUGAGACAGCCAUGUCUACUUGCUGAGUGCCUUUAGCCUUCGGCGCUCGUGUCAUGACCAGCCUUAAGCGCCCACCAAUGGAUUGCACCGUCGGGGGCUCCGUCCCUGCCACCGAUGAGUUUUACCCUCGCCACCUGCGCGUGGUCAAUGGCGGCGGCGCUGCGCCGACCCGCACGGACAACGUCCACGGUACCGUGAGCGCGGGAGUACCCAAAAUGGGCGUAAGGGCGCGUGUGGCCGAUUGGCCGCCAAGGAAGGACGUCUCACGGGCUUUGUGGCACACGGCCACGCCGCCUGAAAUCAUGAGCGUUCCUCUAAAGAAUCACGUUAAAUUAGGAUCAAUCAUCAGCCCUCAGGACUCGUCAAUGCUGCGAAAUAUCCACAAUACUUUAAAGAAUCGAACACAGGCCCAGGCGAACAACUACUGCACGGACGCUCGCUAUUUAGCACCAGGAGACUACGGAGGUCGCCGGAACCCGCAACAGAAGCGAAUUCGUCAGCGCAGCAACAGUGACAUGACCAUCAGUGAGAUGGAAGCCGGCGGAGACAGCGGCGAGGAAUGGGGGUCACCGACAACCCCCAAAUGGUCGCCUCUUCACCGCGAGUACGGCAGCACAUCUUCGAUAGACCAACACGGGGCUGCCGGCGAGAGCUUCUUUGAAAUGCUUAAAGGCUACCAAGGGGAAGUCGACCAGCGUAGCCCAGCUCCAGAACAACUAGAGGACAUGCUGAAUGUUCGGCCCAAGCAGACUACCCGUGACCUCUCGGAGAACGCCGUGGACGGUCAGCCUCCGAAACCCAAAGACAGGGAGAAACCCCCAAAGAGACGCACAAAAUCCGAAACCGGGGGCGAGUCUAUAUUCCGUAAGCUUCGUAACGUACGAGGAGAGUCGGACUCUCCGAGAGCCGGAUCGGACGUCGAGGACAGUCGACUGGAUGAGACGUGUCCGUCGUUAAAACCGUGGGUCUGUCAGAAAGACUUUGCCCACUACGACGUCCAGAGCACGCUCUUCGACCUCAACGAAGUCAUUCAGUUGCGGCAGAACACCGGUAGGAGGAAGAACAACACCACCACCGGGGCUUCCGCCGCCGCCGUCGCUUCGGCGACCUCCACCCUCUCAUCCACCCACAGCCUCCCGUACAGCUCCCCUCGUGGCAGCCAGGAGGACCUCGACUCCCGAGAAAGCCCCGGUUUGGAUUCAGGGGACGAACAGAGCAACGAGAUGCUACUCGGUUGCCCCUGUUUCCGAAAUGAAAUCGGCGCCGACGGCAACGGCAGGCACAGGUUGGGAGCAAAUUAUUAUGGACUUGUUGGCGGUGUCGCGGGUAGCUCCGGGAAUUUAAACGGAGAAGGAAACAUUUAUGAAAGCUCUUUAAGCACACACUGCACCAACGCCGGCGUAGCCGUGCUGGAGGGACCCAAGGAGGGCCCGACUACGCUCAGCGAAAAGGCCAAACAGUACAUCGUGGAGCACGUGGACCUUGGUGCUUACUACUAUCGAAAGUUCUUCUACCUAAGGGAACAUUGGAACUACUUUGGGAUCGAUGACGCUUUAGGUCCGGUGGCGGUUAGCUUGCGCAGAGAAAAGUUGGAAGAAGACAAGGAGCACGGUCAGCAGUAUAACUAUCGCCUCAUCUUCAGAACAAGUGAGCUCACAACACUCAGAGGUUCUAUCUUGGAGGAUGCCGUGCUCUCCACCUCCAAGCAUGGCACCGCCCGAGGGCUGCCCAUUAAAGAGGUCCUGGAGUACAUUCUCCCAGAACUGGAUCUGUCUUGCCUGCGAUUGGCCUUAAACACCCCCAAAGUCACAGAGCAGCUGAUGAAACUGGACGAGCAAGGACUGAGUUUCCAGGUAAAGGUGGGCGUGAUGUACUGCCGAGCCGGCCAGAGCACGGAGGAGGAGAUGUACAACAACGAGUUGGCGGGUCCCGCCCUGGAGGAGUUCCUGCAGCUGCUAGGGGAGAAGGUUCGCCUCAAGGGCUUCACCAAGUACAGAGCCCAGCUGGACACGAAAACGGACUCCACAGGCACACACUCGCUGUACACAUCCUACAAGGACUACGAGCUCAUGUUCCACGUGUCCACUCUGCUACCUUACACACCGAAUAAUAAGCAACAGUUACUGAGAAAGCGGCACAUUGGGAACGACAUCGUGACCAUUGUGUUCCAGGAGCCCGGUGCACACCCCUUCACCCCAAAGGCCAUUCGUUCUCACUUUCAACAUGUUUUCAUUGUUGUGAGGGUGCACGAUCCCUGCUCGGAUAACACCUGCUACAGUGUGGCUGUUAGCCGCUCCCAGGACGUCCCCCCAUUUGGUCCACCAGUCCCCAAGGGCGUGACCUUUCCCAAGUCCUCCGUCUUCAGGGACUUCCUCUUGGCUAAAGUCAUUAACGCCGAAAACGCCGCACACAAGUCGGACAAGUUUGGCGCCAUGGCCACGCGCACGCGGCAGGAGUACCUGAGGGAUUUGGCUGAGCGUCAUGUGACUAAUACUCCAGUGGAACCCACAGGGAAGUUUCCCUUUAUUUCCCUGGCGCACAAACGACGGGAGAAAACGCGGCCGUACAGUGGUGCGGAGCUCCGGAGCCUGGGCGCCAUAACUUGGCAAGUUCACGCUGAAGACCAGGUGGCAGGUGCGGAGCGGGAAUGCCUGUUGGCCGUUUCCAACGAUUUCGUAAUCCUCCUGGAUCAGGAAGCCAAAGCCGUCGUGUUUAAUUGCGCCACCCGCGACGUGAUCGGUUGGUCAACCGGAAGCCCCGCCUCCUUGAAGAUCUUCUACGAACGCGGUGAAAGCGUAUCGCUUCGUUCCAUCAAUAACAACACGGAAGACUUUGGAGAGGUGGUCAAGAGAUUGGAGCUUCUGACCAAGGGCAGUCAGACCGCCGAAAUGACGCUGCGUCGCAACGCCUUGGGCCAACUGGGCUUUCACGUCAACUUUGAAGGCAUCGUGGCGGAGGUGGAGCCUUACGGCUACGCCUGGCAGGCCGGGCUGAGGCAAGGCAGCCGACUGGUGGAGAUCUGCAAGGUCGCCGUGGCCUCGCUGUCACACGAACAGAUGAUCGACCUACUCAGGACAUCCGUCACCGUCAAAGUGGUCAUCAUUCCUCCGCACGAAGACUCCACACCGCGCAGAGGCUGCUCAGAAAUCUAUCACAUGCCCUUAGUGGACUACAAGAAUCACAAAGAGGGAAUGCCCUAUGAGUUGAAAUUCCCCUUCCGCCCGGCCACCAACAGCAACACCAAGUGGCCCAGAACAUCCUCCAGCCCUCAGACCCGGCCUGCGGGUUCGGGCGGUACGCUCAUCAAGGCUCCUCCGCCGGACUUCGGCAACUCUGCUGUCAUGCCGCGCAGUGUGUCCAGUGACGGUCGACCCGUAGUUCCUAAAAGGUAUUCACCUGGAAAUGAAAACUACGCCCUCGCCUGCUCAAUCGUGAUGGGCCGCACGCUUCACAACACAAACUCCCCCUCUGGCCUGCCUUACACCGACAACAUGAGCUCCAACCACUGGAGGCAGAAGUCUAUGCCUGAGGGGUUUAAUAACAACAACUGCCAGUCCCAUGUGUCGUCUGCGCGACUGUUGCCAGGUGACAGUGCUAGCGCCAUCAAAAUGGGCUCCAGCACAGGAGCUGCUUGGUCCCGAAAUGGCGAGAGUGAGGUUACGUGUACACAAGGGGGAAAAAACACUCAAGAAACGUCCAAGGUGCUCAUUCCUCGACUCCAGCCACCCGAGCUGGGUGGACAUAUUUCACCCAACAAGAGCGCUAAGGUUGAUGCUCCUUAUUCCUCCAGCCAGUCCAGCAGCAACACGUUGUCAAGCAAUGCCUCAAGCUCCGCCCACAGCGACGACAAGUGGUACGAGGUGGGGUCGCGGUCAGGAGUGCGCGGAGAUUUGGAGCUCGGCGCCUACCUCCAGGGCGCGUCCACCGACAGCGGCAUCGACGCCACGUCCUUCACCGCCACCCAGAGCAGCACGGCCUCCUCCAACGCCGCCUUCAGGACCGCCGACGGCAUCCCGUGGCAGGACGAGACGGGCGGGCAGAGUGGGGCCGACUCCUCGCCGCCCGCUCCAGACUCCCUCGCUCCUCAAGGUGGUGAGAAUCCGUUGAAGAGCCCGUCAGCCUUCCCAGAUGGAGCUUCCUACACCCUGAGUGACUCCGCCUCCCAGUCCAGCACACCGAUUUCUAGCCCCUCCGGAAACCAAGAGGAGCCAGCAACCGACACCUCACCCACCUCCCAGAAUUCCCCGGGGCCCAAGACCUUUUAUCCGAGACAGGGGGCCACCUCAAAGUUCUUAAUCGGAUGGAAAAAACCCGGAGGGACCGUCAACUCCAUUGACUUUGGCAGCUCUCGGAAACGGCACCAGAGUGAUGGUUUACUGGUCAGUCAGCCGCAGCUCAGAGCCAACCUCCGGGGCUCGCAGUCACCCCAGCGGCACACUGCCAAGUCCAACCUGGAAGAAGACCUGAAGAAGCUCAUCAUGCUUGACAGCCCUCCACCCACCACCAGUGAAGAGAAGCCGUUCCCUGCUCCGACGCCUACCCGCCGCACCCUCCAGAGAACCCUGUCAGAUGAGAGCAUCUAUAGCGGGCAGAGGGGGUCCAUCUCUAGCGACAAGCGUGACACCCCCACAGACCUUCUGUUUAGCUGCUCGACCGUACCGCGCUCGCCCACCGCUCGCAACGCAGCCAGCCGUCGAACGCCGCGCAAAUCCUCGGGAAACUUAUCCGCUCCUGAGAGCACUGACUUGGAGCAAGAGAGGGCAAAUCAGCAAGCGCAGGAUCCUGCCCUUAUGCCCCUCCCUGACACCAAGACAGAUGGCCCACUGGACUGGGCCCACCUGGUAGAUGCCGCCAAGGCCUUUGAGGAGCAAAGAUUGGUGUACCUGGCGGCCCAGGAGGAGAACGCCGCCGUGGCUGAGAGCCCAGCUAGUGUCAGUCCCCAGCAGGCUGAGCCACAGGCAGCCCCACUGAGACAGCCUUCGCCUGGCGAGAUGCCCGCCUGUUUAAUGGGGAAACUCAGCCAACUGGAGUCAAUGGUGAAGGCGCUACAGGAAGACCUGAAGAAGGAGAAGGAUGCCAAAGCGUCCCUGCAAGUUCAGAUCCAGGGCUUGCGCGAAGACAACCAGCGCCUCCUGGAGGAGUCGUACAGCGCUUCAGCCAAGCUGAAGAAAUUCACAGAGUGGGUCUUCAACACCAUCGACAUGAAUUGACGACGCCGGCGAUGCAGCCACAAAGGAAGUACGACCACUAAAACUCAGCUGUACGUGCGUCUUUUUUUUUUUUUUUACCCUUCAAGAAGGACUCACACGUGCUCUUUAAAACCAACAGACGCGUUCUCUUGGUGUUUACGUCAUACCAGUGCCAACAUCAUCCGAUGGUUACAACUGACCAAGCACGCGUGCUUAAGAACUGACCUAUGGUGCAGACUUGUCCCUGCAUGUCAGAGAAGAGAACCGAUUAAAACAACAGACGCAGUUAAUAAAUGUCUCGUAUUCUUCUGAAAGGGUUUCGACGCUAAUUGGCAUUUUGUGGAGGACAGUGAUAUUUUUUUUUUUAUUAAUUUCACACAGUGGUAUCUCUGAAUAGCUUAUUGGACAGAGAAAUAUAUAUAUAUGUAUAUGUAUAUAUAUAUAUAUAUAUAUAUAUAUAUAUGUAUGAGAGAUCGUAUCCCAUUAUUGUAGCAUUGUGAGUAAACAGACGGCCUUUGCGUUAGCACAUCCUGUAAACACUGUAAAGUCAGGUGUCUGUCCAUUGUAAAACGAUUGUAACAAUUUGCAAUUGUACAGUUGCAGAUGCAAACAGUAUAUCUUUUGUACAAAAAAAGAAAAGAGGCCAGAUUUCGGUUGUCAGUUAAAUAGCUUUGACGGCUCAUUUGUUCCACCAUCUUGUAAAUAUAUGAUUUAUUUUUCUCGCCUCCUCCCCCCGUGCCCUUUUUGAAGAGAUAUUUAAAGAAUAUUUAUGAAUAUGUUGAUGUUACUGAAGAAAAAAAAAAAGCAGCCAUAAACAGAUGGGGAUACCUCUGUGUACGCUACACAAUCAGAUGCAGAGAAAUUUGUGUAUUUCAUCUGGAAAAAUAUCAGUAAAUGUAUAUACAUAAGUUAUAAUAUGUGAAAAUAUUUUUCAUUUGAACUUCCAAUGCCUCCAAAUUGCUUGAAAUGAUUGACUGUAUGGUUGAGAAGGGGUCCAAAACUGAUAGUUAUAUGGGAAGGUUAGCUAAGAAUUUUCAGUAAUAUUCCAUACUACAUAGAGUAAAUUAUUUCAUAAUUUUAUUUUUUAAUAAAUAUAAUGUAUGUAUAAUUUUUUCAAGUAUAGCUUACACUGAAAAAAAAAACCAUUCAAAAUUCCCCUUUAAGAAUCUCCCUAUAGGGAUUCAAAUAAAUAUAAAUUUAAAAAAAUAUAGAGAAGACGUGAGUUAUUACAAAACAUGGAACUGACCAUGCAUGCUGAGAGCCUCCAAUGUGAUCCUUCAUCUGGAACUGUUCAAUAUGUUAACAAAUAUUGUAAGAUUGCAACUUUUGGUGCUUUUAUGUGUGCUUCUAUAUUAAGCCUCCCCCUCCCAAAAAAAAAUCUACUUCCAGUAAGCCUCUUUUUAGUCUCACAAUUUGCACCAUCAUUGCUAUUUUUCAUAAUUACUUUAAUAACAGCGGAAAGCAUAAAAAGUCAGAGGCCCCUUCUUGAACCUUCAUCCCGAACACGUGUGACGACAUGUGACUCUCGUUCCAUUCACCUGUGAUGUGUACAAAAUGUUUAUAUCUAUUAAAGAUAUUUUGUUCAGUUA